AUGGCAUCAAGUUGUGGUGAUGGGAUGUUCGGACCCGCUGUGUACAGCCAAGCAUGUCGGGGUGGAUUUGACUAUACGUCUCUCUUUGAGGAAAGCAUUCUCAAUAUCUUGCCUUCAGCAAUCUUCUUGGUUCUUGGCCCGCUGAGGAUUGCCCAUUUACAUGCGAACAAGAGGAUUGUCACCACAACAUGGAUAUACUGGGCCAAGCUAGCCACUGCUGCCUGUCUGGUUGUGUGGACCUCAGUGUUGCUUGGUCUGAUCUCAAACACCAGCGUGUUGUCGGCGAGGCCAACCAGAAUUGCAGCGGUAGCCCUCGACCUUGCGGCCGCACUUCUGGCCUGCGCGCUCUGCCAUUUCGAACACAUCCAGUCGCCUCGUCCCUCAUUCCUGAUCUGUUCUUGGCUUGUGAUAACAGUUCUCCUUGACUCAGCGAGGACUCGGACCGCCUGGCUGGCCUAUCCUGACAAGUCUAUCCCAGGCCUGAUGCUGUCAAGCGUAUUGACCAAGUCUGCAUUUCUAGUUCUGGAAAGUGCUGAGAAACGAAAUCAGCUACUGGGCGACGCCAAAUCCAUGUCGCGUGAGAUGACAAGUGGGCUACUCAGUCGCGGCUUUUUCUUUUGGCUGAACGGUCUGCUUCGAAGUGGAUACCGCACUGUCUUGAGUACGUCGUCGCUGCCGGCCAUCAAUGAAAGGCUUGCCACAGCAGAGCUGGCAGAGCGAUUCGAACGAGCAUGGAAAACAUGCGAACCAAACCAUGCAUACAGCCUUGUACUGGUUAUAGCAAAAGCGCUCAAGUGGGAACUUCUCAAAGUUGUUCUCCCACGACUAUGCGUGCUGGCCUUGGCCAUUGCACAGCCGUUCAUCAUCAACGAAGCAGUAACGUUCAUCAGUCUCCCGGAUACCUCAGCGACUCAGAAUAUGGGAUAUGGCCUCAUAGGUGCGGUGGCUCUUGUGUUCAUAGGUUCCGCGCUUGCCACCUCGUGGUAUGAACACAUCGCUUUUCGUGCCAUGACUAUGUUGCGAGGUGGUCUGAUAUCCAUGAUAUUCGGGACCAUGGUCGCCUUGCCCAUCGACGAUGUCAGCGAAUCUUCGGCGAUGUCUCUCAUGGGAUCGGAUGUCGAAACCUUAGCCGAAGUUCUAGACACUGUCAUUUGCGAAUUAUGGGCCAGCUUCGUGCAGCUUCCGAUCGCCAUCUUCCUUCUCGUACGACAAUUAGAAGCCGUCGCGGUUGUACCGGUCAUAAUUGCCAUAUUAUUCACGGGGGUGUCUUUGAGCUAUGGUCGAUUUGUGUCUCAGCGUCAGAAGACGUGGCUCGAGUCCAUGCAGUCCAGACUCAAUUUCACCACGGAAAUUCUUGGGUCCAUCAAGAGUGUCAAGAUGCUAGGACUCACGGCCGCGAUGACGUCCUUGAUUGAGCAGCGGAGGGCCGAAGAAAUUGCAGUGUCAAGGCGGUAUCGAUACCUACAAAGCUUCAAUGUUUGCUGGCUCAAUCUUCCCGAGUCUAUCGGACAGCUCGUCGUCUUCGGCGCAUACGCACUUGUCGCUAAAGUUUCGGGCGCGCCAAGUCUUUCCGUCACCCAAGCAAUCACGGCCCUGUCCAUUAUCAGCCUGUUGAAUGAUCCCCUGGCCAUUUUGCUUUAUGCGAUUCCGCAAUGCUUCAAUUCGCUGGGUUGCAUGGCGCGAAUUCGAGAUUUCCUUCUCCAGCCACACCGACAAGAGCGACGCCUGCUGGAUCUAGAAACACGCGAAACGCGUGAACGUGCCGCAAAGCCAGAGAGAGAAAACGCCCUGGAACUCGAUAACCUGACACGAUCUCGGCUGUCCGAAGAACCGAGCGCUAUUCCUAGUGUCGCCAUAUCGCUGCGUGGCGCGUCAUUCAGCUGGACGACUUCAGCCCGCAACAGGAAUGCUAUUGAUCUGGAAGUUCCCAUGCUGCCCAAUGGAUACCUCGUCAUGGUCAUCGGGCCUGUGGGUAGUGGCAAAUCGACUCUUCUCAAGGGUUUGCUGGGUGAGACUCCACACCUAGGUGGUGAGGUGUCGCUCCCAAGCAACCGAGUUGCCUUCUGCGACCAGACGACCUGGCUACUCAACGGCACCAUACGUUCCAAUAUUGUUGCCGAUACUAGUCAAGUGGACAAGUCUUGGUACAAGACCGUUGUAGCUGCAUGUGCGCUGGAUGCCGACUUGGAGGGAUUGCCUGAAGGAGAUUUGACCUUGGUCGGUAGCAGAGGAGUUAAGCUGAGCGGCGGGCAAAAACAGAGAAUUGCCCUCGCUCGUGCUUUGUACUCGCGCAACAGGAUCGUCCUUCUUGACGAUAUUUUUAGUGGUCUGGACAACACCACUGAGCAAACUGUCUUUGACGGUGUAUUUGGCACCAAAGGGUUACUUCGCCACAUCGGCGCGACAACAAUACUCACCACGCAUAGCGUCCGACAUUUGCCCAGCGCAGACCACAUUCUAGCACUGGAAGAAGGCGGUAGAAUUGUGGAGCAGGGUACAUUCGAAACAUUGAAAAUCCAAAAGGGUUACGUCCAGGCACUCGAAGUCUCCCAAACCAACGGUGCUGUAAACAGUACGGAGAAGCAGCCAGUUCCACCCCGAGGAGAAGAAGCCAAGACGCAGGGCCUGCAAGGCAGCGCGGCGGCAGCAGACGAAGAUCACCAAAGCGAAAAGAAGGGUGGCACUCUUGCUGUCUACAAGUACUACCUCCAAGCUCUAGGGCCUUGGAAGGUGACCCUCUUUUUGUUGUUCCUCUGUAUUGAUGCCGCGUUUCGAUCUAUUCAAUUCCUCUGGUUAAGCAACUGGUCCUCAAGCAACAGCGCCUCAGAUUUAGGGUACUGGCUUGGAGUUUUCGCCGGCUUUACGGUCCUGGGAUGCAUUGGCCUCAUUGGCGGUGUUGUCUGGGCUUAUUCAUUCAUUGUGCCAGCAGCUUCCGAGAACCUCCAUUCCGUGGUUCUGAAGGCCGCCAUGUCCGCACCGAUGUCAUAUUUAGCGAGUAUCGAAACUGGCGUCUUAGUCAACCGCUUUGGUCAGGACAUGAGACUGGUCGAUAUGGUGCUCCCACGCAAUGUUGUUGUUGCUGGGUUUCAGGGUCUCAGUACGAUUGGUAGUGCUGGCCUGGCUAUGUCUGCCGUUGGGUAUGCAGGGGCCACUGUCCCUUUGAUUCUUUUGGUAGUCAUCGUGGUGCAGAGGUUUUACCUGCGCACCUCACGGCAACUGCGUUUGCUUGAGAUCGAAACGAAGGCCCCACUCUUCUCGCACUUCAUAGAAUCUCUCAACGGUCUUGCUACCAUUCGAGCUUUCGGACGGAUGGACCAAUUUACCGACAAGACACUCGCCUUGCUCGAUGAGGCUCAAAGACCUUAUUACUUGCUUCUUUGUCUACAGCGGUGGCUACUCCUGGUAUUGAAGCUCACAGUUGCCGGGCUUGCGAUACUUAUCAUGGGUCUUGCUGUCAAGCUUAGGGCAACUGUCGAGCCUGGCUUGCUUGGUAUCGCGCUGGUCAUGAUGAUGAGUAUGGGGACUAGCCUUUCCGGCUUCAUAAACAACUGGACCCUGCUCGAAACAUCUCUUGGAGCGGUCGCUCGAAUCCGAAACUUUGCCACAGAAACGCCCAGUGAGACAGAUUCGAGAAACAACGUCGGUCCCGUCCCUUCGUGGCCUACUCAGGGCGCUAUUGAGUACGACAACGUCUCGGUGCGCUACAGCAAUACGUCGGACCCCGUGCUACGAGGUAUAUCUAUGUCCAUCAAGCCAGGCCAAAAGAUUGGGCUUUGUGGGCGCACAGGAAGUGGGAAAAGCUCAUUUAUCAUGUCUCUCCUCAGCCUCGCAGAUGUGUGCCAUGGACGUAUCCUCGUCGACUCAGUGGACCUAGCUACCGUGCCUCCGGCGCUUCUCAGGCAACGGCUCAGCUGUUUGACACAAGAGCCUUUCACCUUCACAUCUUCUGUCAGACUCAAUGCUGAUCCUUCGGGACAACGUACAGAUGCAGAGAUAAUCAAGGUCUUGAAUCAAAUCGGUCUGUGGCGAGUCAUAGUGAACAAAGUCAGCGCCAGCGACCCCGAAACGCCUGGCACGAACCCCCUCGAUGCCACACUGGACGGAAAUUUCCUAUCACAUGGCCAGCGACAGGCUUUCUGCCUCGCCAGAGCCAUGCUGAAGAAGAGCAAUGUGCUCAUCCUGGACGAGCCUACGAGCAGCGUGGAUCGACAACUGGAUGCCGAGAUGCAAGCCAUCAUCCGCUCUGAGUUCAGCCAUUGCACCAUUAUCAUGAUCGCUCACCGCCUUGACUCUCUUCUGGAUUUUGACAGGGUUGCUGUCAUGGAUGGAGGCCGCCUGGUGGAAUUUGGCCCGCCCCAGGAGCUGCUCAAGAGAGAUGGGUACUUUUCGAAGCUAUAUACCGGAUCUUGA